UGAAAGAAGACUCUGAUCAUUCCCCGAUCAUCAUGAACAGUGAGCUGAUCUUCUACAUUAAUGGCAAAAAGAUUGUGGAGAGGCAUGCCGACCCAGAAGAGAUGUUAUUGGCUUACUUGCGUAGGAAAGUGGGUCUGACAGGCACUAAGUAUGGCUGUGGUGGUGGAGGAUGUGGAGCCUGUACUGUUAUGGUGUCCAAAUACGAUCCUAUUGAAGAAACUGUGAUACACAGGGCGGUAAACGCGUGUCUUCAGCCGGUUUGUUCCCUGCAUGGUGCUGCUGUGGUUACAGUAGAGGGCAUUGGAAGCACCAAGACCAAAUUACAUCCAGUUCAAGAGCGUAUAGCAAAGGCUCAUGGGUCUCAGUGUGGUUUCUGUACACCUGGUAUGGUGAUGUCCAUGUACACAUUACUAAGGAACAAACCUCAGCCCACUAUAGAGGACAUUCGGGAAUCACUGGGAGGAAAUCUUUGUCGUUGUACUGGCUAUCGGCCAAUUAUCGAUGGAUUUAAGACGUUUUGUGAGGCUCAGACUUGUUGCCAAAAUGAUGAAAUAAAUGGAAAAUGUUGCAUGGAAGAUGACCAAUUCCACAACAAGGAAUCUGAUAUAUCUGAAGAGCUUUUCAACACAGAUGAUUUUCUACCCCUUGACCCAACUCAGGAUCUUAUCUUUCCACCAGAGUUACUGCUUUUGGCAAAACAAGAUCGUGGUGAGCAGCUUUGUUUUCAGGGUGAAAGGGUGAAGUGGAUCUCCCCAGCAGAUCUAAAAGAUCUAAUCAGGCUAAAAGCUGACUAUCCAAAUGCCCCUCUGCUGGUUGGGAACACAACAUUGGGACCAAAGAUGAAUUUGAAAGGAACUAUCCAUCCUGUUGUGAUAUAUGGUGGAGAUAUUCCAGAAUUGAGAGCUAUCAAAUGGAAAAAAAAUUCAGGUGUGACCAUAGGGGCCGGAUGCAAUCUGUCUGUUUUAAAGGAAACCCUGCUGAAGGGAAUACAGGAUCUUGGUCCGGAAAAAAGCAGAAUUUAUCAAGCCCUAGUUGAAACCUUGCAGUGUUUAGCUGGCAAACAGAUACGCAACAUGGCUACCAUUGGUGGAAAUAUCCUGAGCGCCAACCCCAAAUAUGACCUAAGCAGCAUUCUUGCUGCGGCGCAGUGUACACUACACAUCGUGUCAUACGAUGGUGCAAGAGAAUUAAAUCUAAGUGAGGAGUUUUUCACAGGUUUUGGUAAAACAGCGCUACGAUCAGAUGAGAUUCUGUUUGCUAUUGACAUCCCUCACACAGGACCAUGGGAGUUUCUGUCGACGUUUCGUCAAGCGCAACGAAGAGAAUUCGCCUUCUCUAUCGUGAACGCUGGCAUGAAGGUGGUAUUUAGACCUGACUCAAACAUUGUGAAAAAUCUGGAUAUAUUUUAUGGAGGUGUCGGAGCCACUCUGGUGCAAGCAAGACAAACCUGUAAAAAGCUCAUGGGAAGACCAUGGGAUGAGAAACUUCUUGCAGAGGGAAUCCAGCUUUUAGAGGAAGAGAUCACUAUGCCCUCUACUGUCCCCGGUGGACAGGAGGAGUAUCGCAAGAUCCUUGUUCUGAGCUUCUUUUUUAAAUUUUAUAUGCAAGUGCUGCUAGAGUUGAAAGAGAAGGAGGUUGAUGUAACAGGUUUGUCCUUGGACUAUCUCAGCGCACUAAAACCAUUCAAAAAUGAAGUACCACAAGGAAAUCAUUCUUUUCAGCUUGUUUCAGAGACUCAGUCUAUAAGUGACCCAGUGGGACGGCCCAAUGUGCACCAGGCUGCCCUUCAACAGGCUACAGGAGAAGCUGUGUAUUACGACGAUAUCCCGUCGGUUAAAGGAGAGCUAUUUGUGUUCAUGGUAACCAGCACCCGAGCUCAUGCAAAGAUUAUAUCUAUCGAUGCAUCAGUGGCUUUGGCCAUGCCUGGAGUGGUCACCUUCAUAUCUGCUCAGGAUGUACCUGGUCAAAAUCGAAGACUUUGGUUCAAUAACCCAGAGGAGGUUUUUGCUGAAGAAGAGGUCAUCUGUGUAGGGCAGAUUAUUGGGGCAAUUGUGGCAGAGAACAGAGAACAAGCUAAAAGAGCAGCUGACCAGGUGGCCAUUACCUACCAGGACAUCCAACCUGUAUUUUUCACUAUAGAGGAAGCUAUUCAACAUCAGUCAUUUUUCGAACCCAAGAGAAAGCUGGAAAGAGGAAAUGUGGAGGAAGGGUUGGAGAAAGCAGACUAUAUACUGGAGGGUGAGAUGUACAUGGGCGGUCAAGAGCACUUCUACAUGGAAACUCAGGGAUUGAUCGCCAUUCCUUCGGGAGAGGCAGGAGAAAUGGAUCUCUAUGUUGCAAGUCAACAUGCAGCUUACACUCAGGAAGUGGUUGGUAUCACCCUCGGCAUUGACUCCAAUAAGAUCACAUGCCAUGUGAAGAGGCUCGGAGGAGGAUUCGGUGGGAAAGUCAUGAAGAUUGCAACACUAUCCGCCAUCACUGCUACGGCCGCCUACAAAACCGGCCGUGCUGUGCGAUGUGCAUUAGAAAGAGGAGAUGAUAUGCUUAUCACUAGCGGCAGACAUCCUUUCCUGGGGAAGUAUAAGGUUGGAUACAUGAAUGAUGGGACCAUCGUAGCUGCUGACAUCACGUAUUACAGUAACGGAGGAUGCAGCCUGGACGAAUCUUCCUUUAUCAUGGAGAAAGCUCUCCUUCACAUGGAUAAUGGCUACAAGAUCCCUCACCUUCGCGGUCGUGGCCUGGUGUGCAAGACCUAUUUACCGUCUUAUACCGCGUUUCGUGGGUUCGGUGGACCUCAGGGGCUGACUAUCAUAGAGAGCGUCCUCCAUGAGGUGGCCGUCAAGUGCGGCUUGCCUGCCCAUCAGGUGAGGGACAUCAACAUGUACAAGGAUGAGAUGUGCUACACCCACCACAAGCAGCUAUUCUCACCCCGUGACAUGGUACGAUGUUGGACCGAGUGUUUGGAGAAAUCCGACUACCACCAGCGCCAGCUGUACAUACAGCAGUUCAAUGCACACAAUCAUUGGAAGAAGAGAGGAAUCUGCAUCGUCCCACAAAAAUUUGGAAUUGGAUUCUCUAAGGGCUUCUACAACCAGGGGGCGGCACUGGUGAGCAUCUACAAAGACGGAUCAGUCCUUGUUUCUCAUGGAGGAACUGAAAUGGGUCAAGGUAUCAACACCAAAGCUGUACAGAUUGCCAGUCGCAUUCUGAAGGUCCCGAUGUCCACGAUUCACAUCAAGGAGACCUGCACAGGAAACGUGCCCAACGCUGCACCGUCCGCUGCGUCCUUUGGUACCGAUGCUGUUGGAAUGGCAGUUAAGAACGCUUGUGAGAAACUAAUGGGACGUCUGGAACCACUUAUAACAGUGCAUCCCCAAUACACCUGGAAGCAGCUGGUGGUGGAGGCAUACUGCCAGAAGAUCAGUUUGUCUGCAACAGGUUUCUUCAUGGGUCCACACACUAGCAUCGACUGGGAAAAAAGUGAGGGACCUGCUUACUAUUACUUUACUUUUGGGGCCUGCUGCUCCGAAGUGGAAAUUGACUGCCUGACAGGAGAUCAUAAGAACAUUAGGACUGAUAUUGUGAUGGAUGUUGGUCGGAGUAUUAACCCUGCACUGGAUGUCGGACAGGUGGAGGGUGGAUUUGUCCAGGGAAUUGGAUUGUACACUAUAGAAGAGCUUCAUUUUUCUCCUGAGGGCGUGUUGUUGACCAGGGGUCCGUCUCAGUAUAAAAUCCCAGCUCUGUGUGACGUUCCUCCACAACUGAACGUUCAUCUGCUUAGCGACGCAGAAAAUCCUCACGCCAUUUACUCCUCAAAGGGAAUUGGAGAGCCUCCGGUGUUUUUUGGCUGCACUUUGUUCUUCGCCAUUAAAGAAGCGAUCGCAGCCGCGAGGAGGGAGAGAGGCCUGAGCGAUAGUUUCUCUCUCUCUUCUCCGGCCACUGCAGAAAAGAUACGUAUGGCCUGUGAAGAUUGUUUCACUCGAAUGGUGCCCGAGGAUAAGAGAGUGAAAUCCAAACCCUGGGCCAUAAAUGUCUGAAUAGAUC